CACGCCCUUAUAUGAUGCCGCGUAGAACCAAACCAUGUUCACACCGAACCGGUUACCGGUCAACAACACCGCGUAUAAAAGCGGCGACUAUUACGCUCCAGGCCAGUUAGCGGUCCUAUUACAAUUACUGUCUCUAAAAAACAAAGACCAAUUUGACUCUUGUCCGUACCUAUCACCAACCUCCACCUGCCGGUCAUAAUCUUAAAAAAAAACAAACAAAUUCCUUAAAAACCCUUCAUUUACUAGAUAAAUGUCUCUCUUCUUUCAUUACCUCACUUUUAUUGUGUCUUUCUCUACACUCUUUCUUGUUCUUGUUCUCACUCUUCCUCUCCUCUUUCUUGAACUGAUGAUUCAGUAAUCAAACUGAAACCUUCUUAUGGCAAAUUCAACAUUUUCCGAUCAGAUUCCGGCAGCCUUGUUUCCCUUCCCAACCAUCUACGACGCAAAUACGCCGCCGCCGUCGUAUGAAGAUACUGAAAUAUUGUCAAGUUCAAGUUUUGGGCUCAUGGAUAUGCUGGGAUUUUCAGACAAUUACAACCCAUCUAUGUUCGAUCUAUUCCAACCUCAUGACCCACCUCAGCUGACAUCAACUUUUCUUCCUCCGCCGUCGCCGGCGACGACGACGACGACGACGUCGGAGGCUGUGAACACACCCACCACGCCGAAUUCUUCUUCGAUUUCAUCCUCAUCCAUGGAUGUCCCCAAAGGAGAAGAACUCAACCAUGAGAAAACAAAGAUAGAGUGUAGUUUGAAACCAAAAAGGAAGAACCAGAAAAAGCAAAAGGAUCCGAGAUUUGCGUUCAUGACAAAGAGUGAAAUUGAUCAUUUAGAUGAUGGCUAUAGAUGGAGAAAGUACGGUCAGAAAGCUGUUAAGAACAGCCCUUAUCCAAGGAGUUACUACCGUUGCACCACGCCGGCAUGCGGUGUGAAGAAGAGAGUGGAGAGAUCUUCAUCGGACCCUUCGAUUGUCAUCACAACAUAUGAAGGAACACACAAUCAUCCUUUUCCGGUGACGACACGUGGCCAUAUCGGAAUCUUGCCGGAACAAGCUGCCGUGUACGGAGGAGGAGGAGGUGCUGGUGGUGGUGGUGGUUUAGGGUUUGAUCAGAAUUAUAUGCAACCCUACAUAUUUGAUCCAGCUCCAUUGAUAAAUUACCAUUAUGAUCAUCAAAAUAGUGUUUUACAAAAUGCUCGGGUUUGCCCUUCUAAUGGGUUACUUCAAGAUAUGAUGAUCGGGCAAUCUCAAGCAAAAGAGGAGAUUGUGUAGAGAUGGAUAGAUUAACUUAAAGAACUUCUGAUCUAGUUUAUUUAAUCUUCUUUAAUUUAUAUUAUGAUUAUCAGUACUUAAUUUGAAGUAUAUUUUGGGAUUCAUUUAUUUGUUUUGUGUA